AAAGUCACACUUUCGCAACGUCGCCUACAACAGACGUUACAGACGCUGCAGUUGAAGCCACGGAGCAGACGCACUGACGGAUUAUUAUUCCGGUAGCCGAACUACUUCUACUGCAGAUUUCCUCCCUGUCACUGGAAAUAAUUUCUCAUCUUUUCAAUAUGAUUCCAGAGGAAAACUUCGAAACCAUCGAGAACAGGACGCAGUCAGUCAGUCUGGCUCUGGAGGAGCUGCUGGUUACAGCUCUGAAACAAGACUGUCUCACCAUCGGCAUCUAUGAGUCAGCCAAACUUUUCAAUGCUGAUCCGGACAGUGUGGUCCUCUGUGUCCUGGCAGCGGAUGACGAAGACGACGUGGCGCUGCAGAUCCACUUCACCCUCCUGCAGGCCUUCUGCUGCGACAGCGGCAUCACCAUCCUACGAGUGUCCGGCGUCCAGAGGCUGCAGCAGCUGCUGGGCUCGGUGGACGCCAACAGGAACCAGGACGACCACAGAGACCUUCACUGCAUGCUGGUCACGAACCACCAGGCUGACCACUGUAGGCUGCAAGAGGUGGGAACCUACUGCCAGGAGAGGCGACGCCUGGAUCAGUGGGUUCCUGAACUGGUCCUGCAAGAACGAUGAAGGGUCUGGGACCUGAAAACACCAGAACAACACAGGAGCUCUUUUCUGGGGUUCAGAUACUGAGGAACGGAAAGAUCCAAAGUAGAUCAAGCAGGAACUGGAACUGCGGGAACGGGUCUGGGAACCAGGCGUUCUCCCUGAUGACACGCAGGACCCUCAGUUUUACAGUCGCAGUGGAGCUGAGCAGAGACUGGUUUCUAUGGACUGGUGCAGAGCACAGACAGAAGUUUCAUAUUGUCAGAAUCCAAAUCCUAGUAUGUAUUUUAAACAUCCGUUUACGGGCUGUGACAGUAUAGGACAGAGGAGGAAGAGGAGGAGGAGUUACCAUGACGACAAAACUCCACACCCCGGCUCGUUUCCAGGAGUUGUGUGAAUCUGUAAAAGGACAGGAAUGUUGUAGCAGUGAAACUAUGCCUGAACAUUCCUGGGUAUUCCGACAUGGGAGAGGUCUUUGGAGAGGAGGUGUGUGUGUGUGUGUGUGUGUGUGUUGGAGUGGAAUGUGUGUGGAAUGCUUGUAGGACUUGAGAGAAGAAACAAACUGAAAAUGACUGACUGCCGUGGCAGGGCUGAAUAAACUGUGAAAGUGUUUUUAACGGAGGUGAAUAAAUGAAUCAUGAUGAACAAACGCUGUAAAAUGUGCAGUGAGCUUCACUGUGUCUUUGAUUAAAAUGCCGUCAAACCAA